UGUUGUCAGUGUUUGUCACACAAGUGCAGAAGAAACUUUUGAUACUUGAACUAGAUGAAGCUGGCUACCUGUGUUUGCCCAGCCCAAGACUAUGCCCCCUUCCAGCUAAAUUGUUCCCACCGGUCUCUCCCAGGGCUUCUGGGUGGUCACCUUUGGCAUGCUUUACUGGUGUAAUGUCGCACUUCUGAUAGCUUCCUCUCCUGCCAGUGUUUUGCAAAAUUGCUUUCUACAGCAUCUCCUGGCAGGUGGCCAAGCACGUGGUUGCCCUUUCCCCAUUCCACUGUAGCUGCCAACCACAGAGACCAGGAUGGCUCCAAGGCUGCGUGAGGGGAGACGGGCUGUGCAGCUUGCUGCCCUGCAGAGAUCUGAUGGGUUUAUAGACCUUUUCAAGCUUAGAACUGGAGAGGCUGCGGUCCUUGUCUUCCAAUUAGGAAUUAGGAUGGUGUCAGGAAUCCUUCAGGGAUGGAGGAGUUGACAGGUUCCUAUGGGUCUAAAAGUAGAGAGAGAGGAACAGCAGAACAAGUUUUCUUCGGGUGAUUUUCACUGGCUGAUUUCUUCCAUACUGGCACGUUACCUGACCAUAGUUAUGUUCUCAAGUUGUUAAGAAGAGUCUUCCCUGAAGUUGCAGGGAGGUACUAAUCAAAAUACCCAAGAGAAACAACUGCUCUUCAGAAGCUAAAAAUAACCCAAAGCCUCUGUGCACAAGGUGGUCACUAACUUUUUAGCGCGAUGUUGUUGAAAUGCGGGGCUCUGUAAUGAUUGCAGCUGGCCACAGAUGUGCUUGUGGGGAGAUAGCGGAGCCAGCGCUGAUGGGGACAUGGCUCGCCGACUGUGCUGCCUGGCACCACGCGACGUUCUAGGGAAAGGACAGUGGACACAGCCAUCUGUCCUGGAAUUACUGCUGCACACCUAAAAAUCAUACGCUAGACACAAUGGAGGGGCCUUCCUUGGAAAUUAACCUGCCCGAUACUCAUGAAGAAGGAAAACUUUAUGUGGUUGAUUCUUUAAACAACCUAAACAAACUAAAUGUUUGUCCAGAUGUAUCCCAACAUGUGCUAGAUGAAGAAGAGAACACUGGUGGUACUGGAGAAAACACGGCAGGGAGCAACGUAAGAAACCAGUGUUUGUUCUUCGUCACCUUUAUUCUUACUUUGAUCGUCAGUUUGGCACUUGUUUCAUUCGUAAUAUUCUUAAUAAUUCAAACUAGAAACAAGAUGGACCAAAUAUCAAGCAGACUAAUAUCUGAAAAGAAGAACAUAGAAGAGCUUAAGAAAAUGAACAAUAUGAUAUUGAAGCAUCUAAAUCAAUCAGGAAUUAAGGAAAAGGGGAGAUACCUUUUCACACAGUCUCCCGAUCUUCACGAUUACCUCUUUACCCAUGCUGAGCUGAAAGUCCCUGGAGAAUAGAUCUUCUUUGGAAUGAAAUUCAGCAUAUUCAUGUACUGAGAUAUAUUCACAUAUGGCACACAGGUUACUUAAACAUUCUGAUAUGGUCACAGGAGCAUUGGAAAAGCCAGCUGAAUGAAAAAUAUUAGAAAAUAAUGUUUUAUGUGAAUAUAGAUUUUGAAAACUAAGCCCAUAUGAUUUACAAUAAACAAUGGACUGUCAACAAUUUUUGGCAAGAGUUCCAGAUUCUCUGUGCAUUGUAAAUGGCAGGGCUAAGGGCUUAGUUUUAAUUUAAAUGUAAGUGAAUGAUCACAGAAAAUAGUGAUUUCUAUUCACAUGAUUCCAGCAUGACCUUGUUCACUUAGUCAUUCUCCUGUUUCUUUGGAACAAGUUUUGUGUUUGCUUCUAUAUUAUUUGUAUUUAACGAUAACUUCAGAUUCCACAACUUAUAAAUAAAUCCAAUUCUGCCACGGAGUUUAGUGGUUUUCCUUUCUGUGCAUCUAAAUAGAUUGACUUACUACUCCUUUUGUGAAAAAACAAACUUGAAUAAAAACAAACCCUUUCAUAACAUGCCA